AUGUUUGAAAAAACAAAUGGAGAUUUGACAUAUGAAGCUGUAAAUGGACUUGCAUAUCUUGACGCAGUCAUUAAGGAAACACUCAGAUGCUAUCCCAUUGCUGGAUUUCUUGACAGAGUUUGUUCGAAAAGUUUUGAAUUACCUCCCACAUUGCCAGGAGCAAAACCACACCGCCUUGAACCUGCUGAUUUUAUAUGGUUUCCAGUUUUUGCAAUUCAAAGAGAUCCAAUAUAUUUUUAUGAACCCGAAAAAUUUUAUCCAGAUAGAUUUAUUGAAGACCCAAAAGGCACUCUGAAUUCUCCAGCAUACAUGCCAUUUGGUUUAGGUCCAAGAAUGUGUAUUGGUAAUCGAUUUGCAUUAUUAGAGACUAAAGUACCAUUGGCGCAUCUUGUUUCUAAAUGCUAACUCAAACCUGGUAAAAAAAUGAUUGUGCCACUUAAAAUCAGUAAAAGAAGUUCGGUAAUGACAGCUGAAGGAGGUUUUUGGUUCGAAAUUCAACCGAGAAAUCAAUAAACGAUUGUCAUUAUAAACGAUAUAAUGAAUACAUGUAUAAAUACUCAAAUGU